AUGGCGGCCGACCUCCCGCUUGGCCCUACUAUCAUGCGCGCAACUCAGGCCCAGAUCGAUCUAGAGGAGGCGGAGCGGGUGAUGGGAUGGUCGGGGUGGCUGGUGGUUUCGGGAUCCCGUAGAAAUGCGUCUUUUAUGCCUCGGGUAUUAGCCACAGCUCGUAUUCAUUCAGUAAUUCUACCCCUUCUUCAUUCUUGGACCUCGCUUCUGAAUAUUUUGACUCUUCCAUGCUGUGUCUCAGGAACCUUUUCAAUACGGUCCGGAUUGCUAGCUCCCGUUCAUAGUUCUGCUACAGACGAUACACGAGGAAGAUUUUUAUUGCGGUUCUUCCUUCUAAUUACAGGCAUAUCUAUGACUCUUUUUUACCAGAUGAAGCAGGAGGCAUCGGUCCGUAGAACCUAUAAAAAAGAUAUGGUUGUGGCGCGAAGUACUCUUGUGCACCUACGUCACUCGGCUCGCGCGCAACCCCGCCCCGUUAUGUUAUGUUAUGGAAGAAUUUAGCUUCUUGCUGGGCUGGUUAUUCAGAGCCAGCAACUGGCUGCCGGAUUUCGUCCCGUCCGUAGCGCUUCGGAAGUCACUCUGGCGUGGCGCUGCUGGAUACUUCUGAUCAAUAGGAAUAGGAGGAAAAAAAAGCUUAUGAUGAGCAUCUAUUGGAGUCGAUCAUUUCCAAGAUCUAAUUCGAGUUUCUUAUUAUGUAGUGGAAACGCCUCACAAUCUUCAGUUUUACGCUUACGCUUAAGGGAAGAAAUGUUCUUGGUGGAUGCAGGCCCUGGUACCCCCAAAAUUUGUAUGCAAGAUGAGCUUACAGGACUGCCAAUCAAG